AUGUCACGCAACUUGAUCCGCAUAUACCACGACAGUAUGGAGAAUGCCUUGUCUUGCUGGCUGACGGAGCACAACUGCCCUUACAGCGACACAAUCAAUCAAUUGCUUCCUCGUCAAGAGAGGCAAGAAUGGGGUCCAAGUUGGUCAAACAGAAUGUGUAUUCGGGUGUGCCGGCUGGAUCGUGUAUCAUCCUCAAUACGCGGCCGAGCUUUGAGUGCGGAGGAAGAUACGAAGGCAGCUCGAGCGCUUCAUCUAGCAAUUAUGGCCUUCGCAUCGCAAUGGACGCAACAUGCACGGAAGGGUACCGGUGCAUCAGUCCCCUUAACAACCGACCAUGAUGAGAGAUUGAUCCGAGAGAAAGUCUGGAACGAAGCACGACACGCCUUGGAGCAUUCAAGCAGUAUUCCAUCGUUCCGCGUCGCCUUUGCAAACAUCAUCUUCUCUUUGACGCAAAGUCUGCUAGACAAAGGAAAGGACGCAAGCUUGGGCGAGCUUUUGGAGAACGAUCGCGCACCAAUAUUUCUUGAAACCGCCAACCGCCAGAUUUUCACUUUCCGGCACAAGUUCAGAAGACUGCAACGAGAGGCUGCCCCGAAAGUGAGAGAGCUUGGGUCGAUAGAACCAACAACGACGAACGGUCUAGGGAUGCAACAGCCGCCAGAGCCUCGGCAACUCGAUCCACUUCUAACCAGCCAAGAACACUGCACUACAAUAGAUCUCAUGUUUUGGCUAGGUGUUAUGUUUGAUACCUUGAGUGCUGCAAUGUAUCAGCGUCCUUUAGUGGUGUCAGAUGAGGAUAGUCAAGUUUCAUCGGCCUCACUGCCACUAUCUAACUCUAGAGAUCAGAUUGACUUGGAUCACUGGAGUACUCCAACCCCCCAGACACGUGGGAAACUAGAUGUGUGGGGUGAUCUUUUUCUUCGCUCUUCAAUGGAACGUCAGGGAUCGGGUCAGGUCCAGGCGAGGUGGCCGUGCUCGUACGAAGAAGCUGCGUCUAUACUUUCGGAGGCGACUCCUGUGAAAGUACUUCUCUACCGCCGAGUGACACAGCUUCAAACUCUGGUCUACCGAGACGCGAGUCCCGAUCAUAUUGAAAAUGUUAUCAAGAAGGCCCUCCUAGUCUGCCAACACUGGGAUUCCACAUACCAGAGUUUCAUGGUCGAUUGCGUUACCAAUCAUGAAAUGCUUCCUUCUCGCAUACAGUCGUGGUAUGUCAUCCUGGACGGCCACUGGCACCUCGCCGCGAUGCUUUUCGCGGACAUCCUGGAAAGCAUUGAUAAAUCCAGGCUCGGCUCUGAUGCUGCACGCGAGGUGCGACAAGCUACACACUUGGUUGCUACACUUCGAACAAAUAAUGCCUUGGCAGUCGCCGGACUCGCUCGAGCUUCAAUACAAGGACAUGACUCGUUCAUGGACCGUCAUUUCCAUGAUUCACUGAGUGAAGUGGCUUUUCUGGUCGAACCGUGGACAGCCGUGCUAAUCCAUUCUUUUGCCAAAGCGGGAUACAUCUUGCUAGAAAGCUUGGAUAUUACCACAGAUCAUGUGUACAUUGAGGGCUUAAGGCAAAAUUGUGACUUCCUAAUCCGUGCGCUUCAAUAUCUCGGACGAAAAUCCGAUAUGGCUUUCGUGGUAGCUCGGAAUUUGUCAAAAUCGUUGGAAUCAAAGCUCACCGGAUUGUCGUUUUCGAGCCAUGGUGCCCAGGUGAGCUCACCUGAAACCUUACACAUCUCCCUAUUUCCCACCCGUGGACUCUACAUCUUUACCAAACACGAAUUUACCAUCGAAUUUGCCAGGGUGCCAGAGACUGCAGCUAACAUCAAGACUCGGUUUCUAGUCGUUUCCGACACGCAUGGGGCUGAUAGUCCACCAAGCUUCGUCUCGGGCCAAUAUGCGGAUGUCGCGAUUCACUGCGGCGAUCUCACUACAGAAUCCAAAAUCGACGAGUACAAAGCCUCGAUCAGUUUCCUACAAGCCGUAAAUGCCCCUCUUAAACUAGUGAUCGCUGGAAACCAUGACUUUACUAUGGACAUCCCAACUUUCCAGAGGAAGGUCGCAGAAGCCCAACCCUUGGAUCCUCAAAUGGUUCGAAAGGUAUAUGGCGACUACGAAGAAGCUCUUGGGUUAUUCAACAAGAAAGAAACGGGUAUCACUUUUCUAGAUGAAGGUAUCCAUUCCUUUCGCUUGCAAAAUGGUGCCAUAUUGAGUGUUUACGCUAGCCCAUACACCCCAUCGCUUGGCGAUUGGGGAUUUCAGCAUCACCCUGACCGUGGACACGACUUUCGAAUCGACAACGUCGAUGUUGUGAUAACACAUGGACCGCCAAAGGGUAUCAUGGACUACACACUGUCUGGCGAGCGCGCCGGCUGUCCACAUCUGUUCAAAGCUAUAGCUCGAGCCCAGCCUCGACCCCUAAUGCAUUGCUUUGGUCACAUCCACGAAGGAUGGGGUGCCAAGCUUGUCUGA